UGCUUCGUGCAAUCGAUUCCUCAGUCGCCCUGUGGGUACACCAAUGCGACUUGUUUAUGUAAUGACCCUAUCUUGGCCGAUAUCAUGAAGCCAUGCAUGUUGUCAAACUGCACAGUCAAGGAAUCCUUAACUACCAAAAAUCUAUCGACCAUAGCCUGCGGGUCUCCUGUCACAAAACCCGUUGGCAACGUAAUACAGGACAUUGCACUCAUAUUUGUAGUUGCUACCAUAUUUUUUACGGCUCGCAUGGCUGCAAAGAUCAGCCGGUACACAAAUUGGGGUCUGGACGAUUUUACCAUCGUACUCUCAUAUGUAAUAAUUCUGAUAAUCCGCAUGCCCUGCUUGAAUCUGAUUAUUCCUACAGUGUUACAUAACGGGCAAGGGAUGGACAUUUGGGUCCUUUCUCACGAUAAAGUUGCCAAUAUCAUCAAGGUAUGCUUUGUAACUAUGACCAUCCUUUACAAUCUGGAUCUAACACUAAUCAAAGGAUCCAUCCUCUUUUUCUACCUGCGUGUCUUCUCCGAUAAACACGUUCGUCAGAUCCUCUGGGCCACCCAAGCAUUUAAUUUGAUGUUCGGAAUUUUGUCAUUGAUUCUCGCGGUCCUUAAAUUUCAACCUGCCAUCCGUUUGUGGGAUAGGUGGGAUAAAGAGACACCAAGAACUUCUGCCGAAUACAUGCCAUUCCUCAAGGCGCAAACGAUAAUUCACAUUGUGAUGGAUGCGCUUAUGAUCAUCAUACCAGCGACGCAACUUUACAAUCUCAAUAUGCCACCAAGACAGAAGAUUGGCAUCUUAAUCAUGUUUGGUCUCGGCAUCUUCCUCACGAUUUUAAGCGGGAUACGCAUUAAAAUCGUACCUACUACGUUGCUAAUAACCUGCACAGCGGUCUCGCCGUGGUCGAUGAUGUGGCCACAACUUGAAUUGGGUACUGGCAUCGUUAUUGCUUGCUUGCCCAGCGCUCGACAACUUUGCAGCCGGCUGCUGCCAAAGGUUUCUCAUUUCUACCACCAAAUAUCGAUAUGUUCCCGUCGGCAGCAAGACGCGUACCCUGAAAUUUCGACGCACUAUGAGACGCGAAGUUCAAAGGAUGCUACAGAAAUGACCAUAUCGCGGCCGAUCGAGGACAAGCCCUAUGUUCAGGGUACAGUUGAUGGCACCGCGAUUGAAUCGAGGCGUUAUACCCAAGUUUCCCCCUCGAAUGAUUCUCUGAUGACGGACACGAAACAUGAAGAAUAG